CCAGUGCUGAGCCAAGCACUUUCAGGGGCCAAAUCCAAAUGUGAUUGGUUGUUCAGCUGGGAUGUGGAAGUCUGUAGUAGGCCAUGAUGUGUCUGUUUCCGUGGAGACCCAGGGUGAUGACUGGGACACAGACCCUGACUUUGUGAAUGACAUCUCUGAGAAGGAGCAGCGGUGGGGAGCCAAGACCAUCGAGGGCUCUGGACGCACAGAGCACAUCAACAUCCACCAGCUGAGGAACAAAGUGUCGGAGGAGCAUGACAUUCUCAAGAAGAAAGAGUUGGAGUCAGGGCCUAAAGCAUCCCAUGGCUAUGGAGGUCGGUUUGGAGUGGAAAGAGACCGGAUGGACAAGAGUGCUGUGGGCCACGAGUAUGUUGCUGAUGUGGAGAAACACUCAUCUCAGACUGAUGCUGCCAGAGGCUUCGGGGGCAAAUACGGAGUUGAGAGGGACCGGGCAGACAAGUCAGCAGUGGGCUUUGACUACAAGGGAGAAGUGGAGAAGCACGCAUCUCAGAAAGAUUACUCUCGUGGCUUUGGUGGCCGCUAUGGAGUAGAGAAGGAUAAACGGGACAAAGCAGCUCUAGGCUAUGACUACAAGGGAGAGACGGAGAAGCACGAGUCUCAGACAGAUUAUGCCAAGGGCUUUGGUGGCCAGUAUGGAAUCCAGAAAGACCGAGUGGAUAAGAGUGCUGUUGGCUUCAAUGAGAUGGAGGCCCCGACCACAGCAUAUAAGAAGACAACUCCUGUAGAAGCUGCUUCCAGUGGUGCUCGUGGGCUGAAAGCAAAAUUUGAGUCCAUGGCUGAGGAGAAGAAGAAGCGAGAGGAGGAAGAGAAGGCGCAGCAGAUGGCCAGGCAGCAGCAGGAGCGAAAAGCUGUGGUCAAGAUGAGCCGCGAAGCUCAGCAGCCACCUGCGCCUGUGGAAGAGCCUGUAGUGCCAGCCCCGUUGCCUAAGAAGAUCUCCUCAGAGGUCUGGCCUCCAGCAGAGACUCUCUCACCACCAGAACCUGAGCCUGUGAGGAGCCAAAGAGACCACACUGUACCUUCUUUGCCUGUGAGGCAGAGUCCACCACAGAAUCCACUGGAGGACAACGAAGAGCCCCCAGCACUUCCCCCUAGGACUCCAGAAGGCCUCCAGGUGGUGGAAGAGCCUAUAUAUGAAGCUGAGCCCAUGCCUGAGCCUGAGCCUGAGCCUGAGCUUGAACCCGAGAAUGACUAUGAGGAUGUUGGGGAGUUAGAUCAGCGGGAUGAGGAAGCAGAGGGAGACUACGAGGAUGUGCUGGAGCCCCUGGACACCCCUUCUCUGUCCUACCAGGCUGGAUCGUCAGCUGGGGCUGCUGACUUGAGCACCUCUGCUGUAGCCCUGUAUGAUUACCAAGGAGAGGGAAGCGAUGAGCUUUCCUUUGACCCAGACGAUAUCAUCACUGACAUUGAGAUGGUGGAUGAAGGCUGGUGGCGGGGCCGUUGCCAUGGCCACUUUGGACUCUUUCCUGCAAACUAUGUCAAGCUCCUCUAGAGACCAGAGCCCAUUGUCUUCUGCUGCACUGCCUCCCUCUACCCACUCCGCAGUUCCGCUGCAAGGACCUGAUAAAACAAGGGAAGCCUGAGGUUCUGGCAGUCCCCCCCCCUUCCUGCUUCAUCAAGAGCUUUGGGUUGAACCAGCCUUCGCUCUGUGUCCACUCAUCCCUGGGGGAGCUCAUGGAAUCAUCUUUCAGCCCUGCCUCCAUCAACAGCACUCCAGCUCCGCUCUCCUCCCUCUCGAUUGACGGGAUUCCUCAUGUGCUAGCUUAGAGGGAAGCUCUCACUAGGCUGCCUGAUCUGCCUGGUUAUGGUUUUGCUCAUUUUUUUUUUUUCCCUUCAGAGACAAAUUGGAACUGCCCUUCUGUUUAGUCCUAAGACUAAAAAUAAAGUGAGACUACGGCUCAGCUUUGUACUGGGCUAAGUGGUGAUUUUAAACGCA